CCCGUAGCUCGCUGUGGCACCUUCCCACAGCGGAGGCAGGCCCGUGUCCCCCCAGGGCAAGGCGACCCUGCGACAUCCUUUUGUCUGGCAGAGCGCACGGCCCUCCGCAGCGCUGCUCUGCCCGGCCGGGCGCCCUCCCUGCAACCCCGCGGAUGCUUCGGGCUGGUGACGACAAAGCAAAUUUGCAAGCUGUUCUGUUGUAUAAACGCUGCUGAUUCCAUCCCAAACACAGAAGUUCAAGAGAAGAUUUAAAAACGAAGCUGUUGAACGCAGCCCGCAGCUCUCUGAACUCUACUAUGCUUCAUUACCCCGUACUGAAACAUUACAGUGAUCUUGUAAAUGCUGUCGUAGCAGAGUAACUUUUGCCUUUCCAAGCUAUGCAUCAUAACUACCUAGAACAUGUUGCCAGUACUGCGUUUUUGCCUCUCUUUACUGGAGACACAGAAAACUGGCCUUUAUCAGGCUGUAUUCAGACUUCUGAAGCCUGUUGAAGGCACAAAAAGUAGAAAAGAGAUCCAGAUUAAAACUAAAAAUAACUUGUGUUUUUCUGGGGCCUUGGAAUGGACCUGGAAUUCAUGAUAUUCAGCAGCUAAACAAAGGCAGAGGGCAGGAGUGAGGAUCACGGAGAAUUAACAGGUUAGCGCAAAUGAAAGUGGCAGUACUACAGAUGACAGCUGUCAAUGUUGACAUCUCUUAUAACCACAGAGCUGGCUGACUUACGGUUCUGCUGUGAUUUACUGUGCAGAGAAACAGGGAUCACACUGCUGCCUUCCCACUCGCAGGCUUUGCUCACCCUGGUGCUGAGUGUGCUUCGGUCCAAAGGGAGUGGACUCUGCACUACCUGUGGAGACUGGCUAAUCAAUCUUCCAAACAGUAAUGAAGCUCGGAGAGCAGCAGUGGAGUGGCUCAACAGAGAGCUUCUGCUCUUCAUGAAAUGGGUUGCCGUGGCAUGUCUCUAGCUUGAGAAAUCUGAACACUUCAUAACCCCGAGGCUUGAACAGCCUGCCUGCCAGAGGAGUUGCUGGACACUGUUUUGGAGCACAUCUGGUUGCUGCUGCCGCAAGGCCCCAGCCAGCCAGCCACAAUGUACUGCCUGCAGUGGUUGUUACCUGUCCUGCUCAUACCCAAGCCCCUCAACCCAGCAUUGUGGUUCAGUCACUCGAUGUUCAUGGGCUUCUACCUGCUCAGUUUCCUCUUGGAACGGAAACCUUGCACGAUUUGUGCCUUGGUCUUCCUGGCAGCUCUAUUCCUCAUCUGCUACAGCUGCUGGGGGAACUGCUUCUUGUAUCACUGCACAGGAUCCCAGCUGCCAGAAUCGGCUCAUGAUCCCAGCAUAGUGGGCACCUAGAAAAAGAUAAUCUUCCAGUCGGCUGAGGGCUCUUGUUUUGCUUUUAAAAAAGGGGUAGGGCUAGGGAGGAGGGAGGGGGUGUUAGGCAUGUGACUGGAGUAAAAACAGCCUGUUUCCUGUAACUAUGUGUGGAUUGGAGUGGCAAAUUCCUCCCACUCUGCCUGUGAAACUCGACUUGUUUACUGUGUGAACUCUGGCAGCGCCACCUGCUUUUUUAGAAGCAGAAUUUUUUUUUUUUCCUUCCUGUAUCACCAGGAUCAGACACCAGCCCUCCUAACUGAGAACUGGUGGAGGCCCGAGCUGCUGGCCUCUGCCCAGCUGUUGCACGGUGGUGGAGUUGUGUGUCACUCACUUGUCUGCAUUAGGCCAUGGUGGUCUAACUCAGGGCUCUCAGCCCACUGAUCCUGCUCGAGUAGCUACAAGAUUCUCUCCGUCUUUCUCUUUGCGGGGAGCCAGCCUUCCUGCCUUGCUGAUCAAGGGCAAGCUCAACAGCUCACAGAUGCACUUGGCCAAAAGCUGCUGGAGCCAGAGGCAGUUGAGUCAUCUCCUCCUGCUCAGCCUGCCAAAGAGAUGCGCGCACUGCCGAAGUGCUUUCUGAACUACUUAUGCUCCGAGAUCAUAGCCUGAAAGCCUCAGUUAUGCUGCUGCUUUUAUAAAGCCUCACAGGUUGUGGAGACUGUCUCUUCCCCUCCUCCUAGAUUUCCAGGGUUUACCGAGGACUGUUGGGUAUGCUGUGAGAUGUGGGGUGUUGAAAGCCACUGUGAACCUCACCCUAUAAAACUGAUGCUAGCCCAAAAGGCCAGGCGUGGGCAGGAGAGGAUCCGGAGGUGGAGGCAUGGCUUGAAGCAUUAAAUGCUUCAGCCAUUUUCAGUGAUAGCAUUUUCAGGCCAGGGGUGACAGAAGGUGCUGGUGCUACUGACUGGAAGGGAAGAGGCUGGAGGAGUGCCCGGUGCCUCCACCUGCCCUGGCAGUAGGAUGUCAAGAAACCUGGGGGGUGGUGGGUUAGUCGCACAGCCACAGCUGUGCAGAGCUCCACCCUGCGUGCAUCACUCUACAGCCGUGGCUCCUGGGGCGUCCAGCCUGGGACAGAGGUUUGAGAAGCCUUAGAGGUUAACACAAAAUACUGUCUCUGAACUUUAAAGGUUUCCCUCCCCUUUGCCAUCUCUUUGUCUUUACUUCAGUCUCAUAGGGGAGAGCAGCAGAAGUGGCUGUUGCUGUCCUGAGGAAGUUCAAGCUAUGAGGUUGUGAAACUUCCAGAGUAUUGUUUGUUCAUUGCACAGCUGUUCAAAAUGUUUAAUAAAGCUUUAUAAACUUUG